AUGGCGUCGCGGCUCUCCUGGCACUCUUCUCGGUCCAGAUUCGCUCUUUUGUCUACAAUCGCAGUGGCCGGGGUGGGGACUUACUUUGGCUCUCGGUCUUUUCUGCUGCCGAUGGGACAUGCAGAGUCCACUGAGCCUAUGAAGGUCUUCGGCAGCUUUGGCUUGAAAACGUUACGCCUACAAGAUAUUCAGAAGGUGAACCACAACACGAAGCGAUUUAAAUUUGAAUUCCCAGACAAAGAUGCCUCGAGCGGACUCAGUUUGACGUCCGCGUUGCUCACCUAUUCCUGGCCAGCCGGCCAAUGGUUCCCUGUGCUGCGACCCUACACUCCGAUCAGCAAUCUGGACCAGCCUGGAUCGAUCGAACUCAUGGUUAAGCAGUACCCCAAUGGCAAAGCCAGCAGCCAUCUCCAUUCACUUAAACCAGGCGAUACGCUCACAUUCGUUACGGCCCUCAAGGGAUACCCAUGGACAGCAAACAAGUUCUCCCACGUGUAUCUCAUUGCCGGAGGUGCGGGGAUUACCCCGAUUUACCAAUUGAUCCGGGGUGUUUUGAGCAAUCCUCACGAUGAAACCAAGAUUAGCCUGGUAUUUGGUGUCAAUAGCGAGCAAGACCUGCUAUUUCAAGAUGAGCUUGAGGAAUAUAAGAGCCGAUUCCCUGAUCGCUUCAACUAUAUCUAUACCGUCAGUCACCCGAAACAGGAAGGUUCUUCUUUCCGCAAGGGCUAUGUGACAGAAGAGCUACUGCGAGACAUCAUUUCUAGGGACUCAGAUCAGGAUACUAAAGUUUUUGUUUGCGGUCCGCCGAGGAUGGAGGAUUCGUUGGUGGGAUCAAGAAAUGGCCAGGGUAUUCUUGGGCGUUUAGGUUUCUCGAAAGAUCAAAUACACAGAUUUUAG